GAUAGACAUACAGACAGUGGUGUUUCUAGUUUAGCUUGCUAGUUUGACGACAUGUUUUUUUUGAAUGAUUGUCAAAGCCAAACAAACUAGCAUGAACUGCUGCUUUGGGAUGCAAGUAUUAUAGUUAACAACCUUUUCAAUACCACAAAUCGGACAUCAGCGGUGCACAAAUAUACGACUGGUGAGGUUGUGAGCGAACAAGGGAGAGUGUGAGAGAGAGACUGAAAGAGUGGUCGUCAUGGCAGCUGAGGCGCAGAGACAGCGGUCUCUGUCUACGUCAGGAGACUCGCUCUACCUGGUCCUGGGGAUCGACAAGAGCGCCUCGCCGGAGGACAUCAAGAAGUCCUACAGGAAACUGGCCCUGAAGUUCCACCCAGACAAGAACCCAGACAACCCCGAGGCUGCUGAUAAGUUUAAGGAAAUCAACAGCGCCCACGCCAUCCUGAACGACUGUACCAAGAGGAACAUCUAUGACAAGUAUGGAUCCCUGGGACUGUACGUGGCCGAGCAGUUUGGAGAGGAGAACGUCAACACCUACUUUGUCCUCUCCUCCUGGUGGGCUAAGGGCCUGUUCAUCUUCUGUGGCUUGGCGACUGGCUGCUACUUCUGCUGCUGUCUGUGCUGCUGCUGUAACUGCUGCUGUGGGAAGUGUAAACCGCGGCCGCCCAUGGACCAGGAACCAGAGUUCUACGUCUCCCCUGAAGACCUGGAGGCACAGAUGCAGUCUGACGAGAGAGACGUUGGUGGUGACCCCAUCAUGAUGCAGCCGUCUGGAACAGAGACCACCAGGCUGACGUCAGACAACCACUCCUCCUACCGGACCGACACCGGAUACAACUAAACCCCCUGUACCCUCUACACCGGAUACAACUAAACCCCAUGUACCCCUACCCUCUACACCGGAUACAACUAAACCCCCUGUACUCUCUACACCAGAUACAACUAAACCCCCUUUACCCCUACUCUCUACACCAGAUACAACUAAACCCCCUGUACCCCUACUCUCUACACCGGAUACAACUAAACCCCCUGUACUCUCUACACCAGAUACAACUAAACCCCCUGUACCCCUACUCUCUAUACCAGAUACAACUAAACCCCCUGUACUCCUACCCUCUACACCAGAUACAACUAAACCCCCUGUACUCUCUACACCAGAUACAACUAAGCCCCCUGUACCCUCUACACCAGAUACAACUAAACCCCCUGUACCCCUACUCUCUACACCAGAUACAACUAAACCCCCUGUACCCCUACUCUCUACACCGGAUACAACUAAACCCCCUGUACCCCUACUCUCUACACCAGAUACAACUAAACCCCCUGUACCCCUACUCUCUACAC